AUGGGGUCCUGCCCUCCAGCACCCAGGUGAGACCCAGCAGGGAGAGGGCUGGCCCCCAUGGGAGGGGGGGGCGAGGCAUCAUCAGCAGGAGCUGGAGUGGAGUUGGAGGGCGGGGACCCCAGGGGUCAUCCAUUCCAACCCCGUGCAAGUUUUCGGAAGGAAGGAGGCAAGAGUUUCUUGCAAGCGGUUUAGGGGCUGAGGGUGUUUAAAAAACAAAGUUUUGGGGUGGGAUUUUUGCCUGUGGGACCCUCGUCGCAAGCACCCUUAAGAGGAGGCGGGUUUGGGGUGAAAACGGGCAAUACGGUGGGAGACCCCCCCCCAAAAAAAACAACCAUGGGGAAAAACACCCCCUUCCCUGCUUCUCUCCUUCCCUCAGCUGCCCUCGGGCGUGAGGGGAGGGGGUCCGGAUGUUCCCCCGCUCUCUUCGCCACCUGCUGGACGGGGGAGGCGACGCCGGUGUGACCCUCAGCGCUUUCCGGAGCAGGACCCCCGAGUCGCAGCGCGGAGGACUCCCAACUCCUGAGCAGGUCAGUAGCAGCAGGGAGGUGUUUGUUGAGGGGGGGACGCAUGCAGGAGUUACUCUCUGCGGGUAUGCUUGGCAGGUGCUGGGUUCAAGAGUUCCCUCGCCCGUGCCCACGAGCCAUAGAAGGGACCCCCGGGGUCAUCCAGCUCAGCCCUAGCCACGGUCCCUUACAAAGCCCUGUUUAAAAACCUCUGGCCAAUCCCAGCAUUGCCCAGGGUCAUCUAGUCCAACCCCCACCGGCUGCUUCCAGAGGUGACCCCCCUUUGCAGACAGGAGUCCCGACCGCCCGCCUCAUUGUGUGGGGCUGGUCCGCUUGGGGGUCGUGAUCGCGCUGCCUCCCCCCCCGCCGGCCUUCACUGCAGGGUUGGCGCAGUGCGUCUGUUUGCAUUGCCGGUGUGCAGGCUGGGACAGGUGCGUGCGCGUGUUUGUGUGUGUGUGUGUGUGUGUGUGUGUUUGCGUGUCUGCCUGCUGCUCUCUAUUGACCCACGGUGUGGCUCCGUUGCCCGGGUGACAAUGCUCCGUCUCUGGAGGCGAGCACCUUUGAUCCGGUGUUGUGGGCACGCCUUCCCAGCUGGCAGCUGCACCUGUUGGACUCCGGCCUGCCUGCCUGCUGCCUAGGUGUGCAUGUGUAUCGUGGGGCUUCCAGGCAAAGGGCCUGUUGUUGUUGUUGGGGGGGUUGGCUGAGAGAGAGAAGUGGAAUCUGGUUCGGCCUGUUUUUGGGGAAGUCCUCUGCAGGGCGGGGAAGGGGCCGGGCCCAAUCCUGCGAAGCGGAAGGAGAGGAACCGACACCGAAAGGGAGGCAGGAGAGAAACACACACGAGGCCUGGGUGGGGGGCCGGGAGUUCAGCCUGGGCCCCCCCAUCCCAACCCUCUUUCUGCCCAUCUUCUGCAGCAAAGAGGACACCCCCCACUUUCUCCAGCUGGGGGCAGGAGGGGUGCAAAGGGAGGGGGUGAUCUGCCACCCCCAUGAAGGUCUUCCUCCGCCUGGGGGGCUGCCUGGAGCCGGGAGGGGGCUCCGCAGAGGGGGGGAUCCUCACCCGCACCCGUUGGUACUGCCUGCCUGUGAAGGUAAGGCUCGGAGGGUUUUAUGGGGGGGGGUGUCAGAAGCCAAGGUGGUGCCGUGGCUUGAGGACUUGGGUUCAAAUCCUGGCAGGCUGCCUUCUCCCAGCCUGGCCUCCCUCUCAGGGUUGUUGAGGGGGAGGCUUGAGGGACGGAAAUGCCGCAGACCCACAAAUAAAUAGACAUAAAUGAAGGAGCACUCUGGUGGCAACUUGGGGGGUGGGCAGGAAUUGCACCUGGGCUAAAAUGCCUUUUUUUCUCCCCCCACCGCAGCCCCCAGUGACCUUGUGGGAGGAGAAGGAGGAAGGCGCCAUCUACACCGUCAGCUCUCGUCUGCCAGGGGGCGCCAACAAAGCCAGCCUGUUUUCUGGGGUAAGUCGUGCCCCAUGCCUGGGGGGUGGGUGGGGGUGUAUAUUGCCAAAGGAAGAGAAGCUAGGUUAAAAGGCGUAUCACUUACAUUGCUGAGUUUUCGUGGUAUUUGGUGAAGCGUCACCUGUUGAAUUUCUGCCUGCUGUGCAACAGUUAGAGGCCCUGAUGGUGCGCAAGCCAGGCAAGGGAAUGGCGUGCCCUGCCCUCCACAGGCCAGAUUAGGAUGAGGAGGCAGCGGCUGCCUCUGUUUACAUAAAAUUGAAAAAUUGGUUGGGACUCCCCAGAGGUCAUCCAGCUCAACCCGCCGGCUGUGCAGGGAACCACUGCUAAGAAAUCCACAACUUGCAGCUCACAAACCGAGCCUCCUUCCUUGUCAUUGGAGCCCACCCCUUUCUUUUUCUGCCCCCCCCCACAGGGCGAGGACCUGCCAAGCGCCUCUGGUCCCCCGGGGGCUGCUGAUGCCUCGGCGCUGGGGGUGUUGGGGUCCCCGGCCGGCCGCUCUCGGGUGCUGAAGGCUGGAUCGCUGCCCCGCCUGGUCAGGCACCUUCUGGAAGCCCCUUCGCUCGGGGACACCUGCUACGUGCCGGCCUUCCUGGCCACCUACCGGACGUUCGCCACGACCGGCCUGGUCCUGGGGUUCCUGCUUGAGAGGUUUGCAAUGGAGGGGAGAUGGUCUGGGGGGGGGGAACGUUGGCAGUGCUGCUUGUUUGGUCCGCAGGCGGAAACCCAGCAGGUGCAGCUUGUGCGGCAUCUUUAACAUUGCUGAGUUUUCAUGGUAAGAACAGAACAUCACCGGUUGGGUUUCUGCCUGCUGGGCAGCUGCCUGAGGCUGUGGAGAGGUGGCGGGUCGCUGGCAGGGUAAGAGAGUAGAAGGAUUACUUAAUUUAUUGAGUCCCUUGGUUUUUCUCAACACCCCCCCCACAGGCUGCAGGCGGUUGUGGGUUCAAGUUCAGACGCUACCCCGGAAACAGCAGACCUUCAGCGGUGAGUGGGUGCCUGCUUCCUUUUCCCUGCUCCCCUGAGCACUUAAUAACAGCCCCCUCCGCAAAAGAAAUAUCCCCCUCCGCAGCCCAAAUCCCAUUUUCCGAGCUAAUUCCUAAGCUGCUUCUGGACUCUCUCCUCUCUCUACCAGAAGGAUGGCUGCCUGUGUUCGUGUUAUGAUUAUGAACUGGGUAAGGUCUUUGAAUCGUAGCACUGGAAGGCCCCCUGGCGGUCAUCUAGCCCAACCCCUUGCCGUGCGGGAACCUCAGAGGUCCCUGAACUCGGCAAAUGCUCAGAGGCACAGUGGUCGUCGCAAGCCUUUGGGUUCCGGGUUUGAGCUCCGUCUCCAGCCUUGCUUCUGAACGGCCUCACAUACUUAGAAACAGAGAAGGGUAGAGUUGGAAGGGGUUCCCCCUGUGGUCAUCUAGUCCAGCCCCUGACAGGCAGGGAUCUCAGCGAAAGCAUCUAGGACAGGUGGCCCUGCAACCUCCCGAAGUGGCUCUCGCAUGUCUACUCAGGAGUAAAUCCCGCUUGUUUACGCCUUGGUGAAAAUAUUUGUACAGCUUUGUAUCAUACAAAAAGGAUAAUCCAAUACGUUUAUAGCAAUAAAACCUUCUUCUCACAAGACCAUGUUAAAAAGUUACCUUGUUAUCUUGUUGUAAACCUCUUUUUUUAAAUGAUAGGUUGGUAUAUACAUAUUUUUAAUAAAUAAAUAAAAAACCAUCCAUCAGUUCACCACUGAUGAAGGAUUUACAUCUAUUCCAUUAUUAGGAUUAGGAUUUACCGUAUUUUUUGCACCAUAACACUCACUUUUUUCCUCCUAGAAAGUAAGGGGAAAUGUCCGUGCGUGUUAUGGAGGGAAUGCCUACGGAUGGCGGGGGGGAUCUGCUGCAGUCGUGAGCAGAGGAUCCAUGGUUCCCCUUCCUUCCCUCCUCCGUGGCUCGCUUUGAAACAGCAAAGCGGGAGAAGAGCCGCUGAGUGGGGAGGAGAGAGGGACAGAGAGCCUGCUUGCUUUAAAGGAGCAAAGCGGGAGAGGAGAGGAGCCGCUUACACGAGUGUAAGCGGCUCCUGUCCGGUUGGCUCCUUUAAAGCAAGCAGGCUCUCUGUCCCUCUCUCCUCCCCACUCAGCUCGCUAAAUAGCAGCAAAGUUUUUCAGCUUGCUAAGCCGGGGAUGAGCGGGGAGGAGGGAGAAAAGCAGAGCCUGCUUGCUUUAAAGGAGCAAAAUGGGAGAGGAGAGGAGCCUUCUCCCCUUAUACCCCUCUUCUUCAUUAUUAGUAGCAUCCUUCUCCACCCACCCCACGCGUGCUCCUUCUCCCCUUAUACCCCUCUUCUUCAUUAUUAGUAGCAUCCUUCUCCACCCACCCCACGCGUGCUCCUUCUCCCCUUAAACCCCUCUUCUUCGUUAUUAGUAGCAUCCUUCUCCACCCACCCCACGCGUGUUCCUUCUCCCCUUAUACCCCUCUUCUUCGUUAUUAGCAGCAUCCUUCUCCACCCACCCCACGCAUGCUUCUUCUCCCCUUAAACCCCUCUUCUGCAUUAUUAGCAGCAUCCUUCUCCUUGUCCCUUGAGUGCUUUUCCUUCCCUCCCCACUUAAAACGUGGUUACAAAGCACGGAUCCACAUGGAUCCUCAGGAUUUUUGCACUGGGACACCCCAAAUUCACCAUCAGAUCACAUAAUAUGUCCAUGGCUACAUCUUGCACCAAAAAAAUCACGCACCCACUGUUGCCUGGGGCCGCAGUGGUGCAAAAACGUGGUUACAAAGCAUGGAUCCACAUGGAUCCUCAGGAUUUUUGCAUUGGGCUACUCCAAACUCACUGUCAGAUCACAUGUCUGUGGCCACAGCAUGAACCACAAAAAUCAUACAUCCACUGUUUCGUUUAGAAUAUUUUUUUUCUUGUUUUCCUCCUCUAAAAACUACAUGCGUGUUAUGGUCGGGUGUGUAUAGAGCGAAAAAUACGGUAUAUAUCAUCCAUCAAAAGCUUUCAGGGCAAUUCACUAGAUAAAAAUACAAGAUUAAAACACAAAUAAGUAGUUUAAGCAAAAAAAAGCCAAAUGAACACAAAAAUAGCCAGUCAUUGCCCCCGUUGCCCCCGGCUUGCAGAAUAUAGAUAUUUUCUGCUGGCCUGGGAGACUGUCCUCCUGGGCUGUCCCCUUUCGGAGACAGGACAUUAGGUCAGGAGAGGGUCAAGCAGGGCUGCUCCUUUGAGCCUUCAGUGGGAAGCGGGUGCGGGAGACGACACCCUCCCUGAAACGCCCUCCGGAGAGACGAGGCACUUGCCGGCUGCGUCUGGUCUUGCCGUGGGCUCCCGGGAGGGAUUGGCGGUGAGCCACGUGGACUGGGGUGGGGGCCGGGGGCGAGGCCAGGGCACGUGGGCUUGGCUCCCUCGCACGAGUGAGUCACCAGAGACUCCCUGAUCUGGGAGGCUGCACCUGCUGUCUGGGGUAGGGUGUCUCUGAGACGGGUUCAGAACAGGGCAACUGGAAAGGUCAUAGAGCCAUAGAAUGGGAGAGUUUGGAGGGACACCAGAGGGAUCCAGUCAAAUAAUAAUAAUAAUAGUAAUUAUUAUUAUUAUUAUUAUUAUUAUUAUUUAUACCCCGCCCACUCUGGGCGGCUUUCAAAAGAGCAUUAAAAACAGAAUAAAACAUCAAAACUUCCCUGAACAAGGCUGCCUUCAGAUGUCUUCUGAAAGUCAGAUAGUUGUUUAUUUCCUUGACAUCUGAUGGGAGGGCGUUCCACAGGACAGGCGCCACCACCGAGAAGGCCCUCUGCCUGGUUCCCUGCAACCUCACUUCUUGCAGGGAGAGAACCGCCAGAAGGCCCUUGGAGCUGGACCCAGGUGUCAGGGGUGGAGAUGCUCCUUCAGGUUUACUGGGCUGUUUAGGGCUUUAAAGGUCAGCACCAACACUCUGAAUUGUGCUCGGAAACGUCCUGGGAGCCAAUGUAGGUCUUUCAAGACCGAUGCUAUGUGGUUCUGGCGGCCGCUCCCAGUCACCAGUCUGGCUGCCGCAUUCUGGAUUAGUUGCAGUUUCCGGCUCACCUUCAAUGGUAGCCCCACGGAGAGUGUGUUGCAGUAAUCCAAGCGGGAGAUAACUAGAGCAUGCACCACUCUGGCGAGACAGUCUGUGGGCAGGUAGGGUCUCAUCCUGCGUACCAGAUGGAGCUGGUAAACAGCCACCCUGGACACAGAAUUAACCUGCACCUCUCUGCAAUGUAGUCAAACGCCCCCUGCAAUGCAGGAAUCUUUUCCCCAUCAUGGGAACUCACAUCCCUGAGAGCUACUGACUGAGCCAUCCAUUUGGGGCUUUUUCAUUUGGAGGGAAGGCGAAGAGGCCGGUACACCUGGAGGAAAACGGGGUUGGACUAGAUGACCAGCAGGGCCCUUCCAACGAUUCUAUGAUUCUAUGCUGGAAACCACAGAAAGGGAGAGAGGGCCCUUGGGGGUUCGAAUCCCACUUGCCCAUUUCCCAUAAUGGGCCUCUCUGACUGGCUGCUGUGCGGGGGGGGGGGGGCUUCCUGGGAUCCCAGCAGUCACAGACUCUCCCCUUUCCCCUCCCCACAGGGCCCUGGGGUCUCUGCUGUGCUCCUGGCUGGACGGGUACCCGGAGGACUUUGUGGGGUUGGACGCUGGCCUGAAGGAGCAGCUGGGAGCCUGGCUACGCUGGGCACUGGGUAGCGGAUCGGACCCUGAGAAGACCCUCCUGGCGGCCGGCCAAGAGGGAGCCCCCAAGGGCCAGGAGGACCCCCGGGAGGACGAGGGCAUCACGGACGAAGGGCCCCCAGACCCCCACUACAUCCUGGGGCUCCAGGCGGAAGACGUGGCCGCUCAUCUCACCGCGCAGGAUGCUGUGAGUGUGACCGGGGGGGGGGGCAAGGGAGAGGGCCUGGGGGGAUCCUGCAGGGGGUCUGGAUGAGCUCCACAACCCUCGUUCUGCCUCUGUCACAGCCCACCCUCCACCUCUUCGGGCAUGAGGACUGGAGAUUUAGGAGAUUUUGCUUUCCGUCAAUGAAAGCUGUUCUUGGUCAGUAGAAAUAGGAGGACUGGUCUGAAAAGAUAUUGAAUUAUUGGGGUAAUUAAAAAGUUAAAUAAACCUUGUGGAGGGAGGAGUGUUAAGGCAUAUAGAAGUGUACAUAUGGUUGAUUUGAAUAUGUAUAUUAUUUAAAAUGUCUAUUAUUGAAUAUUGUAUACUCACUGUAUCAGCCGCCUGGGGGGUUUCACUGUUUGUGUUUGGGUGGUUGGUAAAAAAUUAAUAAUAAUAAUAAUAAUAAUAAUAAUAAAAGAACAGAAACUGUUCUUCCUGAUCAGAGAAUCCCUCGCCAUUUGCCCAGCCUGCCUUUGAGGGGCACAGGUUUCGGGUUCCUUUUAAGCCAGCCUGCCAGGGAUUGGGGGCUUUUGGGGGGGUUCUCCUCUCUUCCUCCCCCCCCCUUCAGUUUCUUCUCUCCCCGCAGGAGCUCUUCCUGCGCCUGGUGCCCCACGAGUGCCAGGGCCAGCUGUGGUCGCAGCGGGACAAGAGGGGCCACGAGGGGGCCUGCCCCUCCGUGCGCGCCACCGUGGCCCAGUUCAACCGCGUGGCCAAUGCCGUCGUCUCCUCCUGCCUGGGCGACACGGAGCUGCGGGCGGCACAGAGGGCGCGGCUGCUGGAGAAGUGGAUCCGCGUGGCAGAGGUGGGUCCUCCUCACAAGGAGGGAGUCUCGGUUCCUUCUGCCCCUUUCCGGCUUCGUGCUGGAUUAAGCUGAAAUCGUAACAGAAUGAUGGAAUUCAUAGAACCAUCGGACGGUUAGGGUUGGAAUGGGCCACCCAAGGGUCAUCCAGCCCAGCCCUCUGCUGUAGCUUUCCCAAAGCAAGCAAGGAUUGGAUUCUGAUUAAUAAAAUACACCCGAGGCUUGACCAGCAAGACUCUGUGAGGAGGUGCCAAUAAUAAUAAUCCUCUGUCCACCCCUUGGCCCAGGUCGUUUUAUUCACAAAAGAACUUUUUACGCAGUGUUCGUAAGAAUCGAUCAGAUUUCCUCUGAGCAUUUCAAAAACCCCCACGUGGGGGGUUAAAAGAAAUUCUUUUAACUACAAAGACUACUUUGAGCAUGCAUACAUAUCUGAGAGUAAAUUAAACAGGACUAGAGGAAUGCAUUCAGCAAAACCCUGGAGGUCAUAAACAGGAGUUAGGAUGGCAGUAUUUGCCAUCUCCUUGUGAACUCUCUUCCUGGCCCUUAAGAUCUAUCUAAAGAUUAAACUACAUCAAAGUAACCUACUAACUUUAUGUACUGAGGAUUCCUGAUGAAGCAACUGGCCUGUGGUUCAGAAUGCUUGUACGUGCCUGUCAGGCGUAGAGAAAGCAAAUGGCCGAGGUGGAGAGGCCUGGGGGAUUCGAUCAGAAACUGUUGUCAAUGAAUCAAACCCAGUCAACGCAUCGCGUACACAAUGGCUUACUUCAUUUUUCAUAAUUCCUCAUAGCAAUCCCACCUGACCCCCCCACUCUGGAUAUUUGCACCCCUACACUCUGCAAUGCAGGAAUCUUUUGCCUAACGCAGCACUCGAACCCAUGACCCUCAGAUUCUCAGAGUCUUGUGCUCUACCGACUGAGCAAUCCAGAAUGCAGUCGUGGAGUUGGAAUGGGAAGGCAGGAAUAAUAAUAACAAUAAACAAACAACAGCAACGUUUCUGGGUCCAUGGAGCAAUGUUUGCCAACUCCUGCUUUAUCUAUUUGUUUGGAAUGUUUAUAAGCUGCAUUUGUCGUUGUUGUUUAGAUUUAAACACGUGGCCUUUGCAUAAAAACCUCCCAGGAAGGCGGUUGACAGACCCUUUCCUUAUUUUCUCUUUCCCAUCCCAGGAGUGUUUUCUCCUCCGCAACUUCUCCUCUCUCUAUGCCGUCGUCUCUGCGCUGAAGUCCACCCCUUUGCAUCGCCUCAAGAGGACCUGGGAGGAGACAUCCAGGUGGGCCCCGAUCCUCUGCUUCAGAGCUCCUUCCCCUCGCAGAAACACACACACACACACACACACACACACACACACACACACAAACACCCAUCUCUGAGACCCUGAGCUUCUUCCUGGCAGCGACAAAAACCAGGCAGCCAUCUGCCCUGGCCAUUCCCCUCUUCUUGCCCAGGUCCUUAGGUCCUCCUCCCAAAGCGCUUCUCUUCCCUGCCAGACACCUUCUGGAAUUGUAGGGUUGGUUGAGACACCUCUGGGUCAUCUAGUCCAACCCCAGAAUCACAGCUAACCAAUGCAGCAGAGGUGUCUAGGGAGGUCCCUACAAACACACAAGCCUGAUCCCUCUUAGGUGGGGUGCAGCCCAUUAAACUUCUUCUUUUUAUAUAAUUUUUUAUUAAUUUCCAGCAUAUUUAAACAUAUAUUGACAUCUUAUACAAUUUCUUUUUACUUCCAUCAACCUUCUCUGAAAAUUUUCCAAUCUAAUCUCUAAAUGCACAUUUCCCACUUCUUCCAUUACAUUUAAUUCAUAACGAAUAUCACUGUUCUUUCUCUAAUUUGCAACGCUUCACAGAUUUCUCCUUACACAGCUUCUUGUAGUCCUACUAGCGUAAUUUGUUGGUAAUACAGUUGCUCUUCAAAUAGUUUGUAUAUUUCUUCCAAUCUUCUGUAAAUCUCUGGUCCCGCAGGUUUUGAAUCCUUCCUGUCAUUUUAUCCAGUUCUGCACAGUUCAUUAAUUUUGUUUGCCAUUCUUCUUCUGUCGGAAUCUCCUCUUGUUUCCAUUCCUGGGCGCAGCCCAUUAAAGGUGGCCUGGCUGACCUGUUGUCUCUGUCGUAUUUUAGUGCUGGGGUGGGUUGAGGGAGGGGGUUCCCUUUUGAGACUGCCCUACUCUUCUUCUCUCCCCCCCCUCCAGGGACUCCCUCCGCUGCUAUGAGGAGCUGAGCGCCGUCUGCUCGGAGGAGGACAACUACAGCCAGAGCAGGAGGCUCCUCUUCCAGGUAUUUAUUCCACGUUCUCCGCAGAAUCGGGAUCCAAAAUGACUGUAACAGAUUGGAGAACUGGGCCCAGGCUAACAAAAUGAAUUUCAACAGGGACAAAUGUCAGAUCCUGCACUUAGGCAGGAAGAACCGGAUGCACAAAUAGAGGAUGGGGAACACCUGGCUUAAUAGUAAUACAUGUGAGAAGGAUCUAGGGGUCUUGGUGAAUCACAAGCUGAACAUGAAUCCACAGAGUGAUGCAGCAGCAAAAAAAGCUAAUGCGAUUCUAGGCUGCAUCAAGUCUAGUGUCCAGAUCAAGGGAAGUGAGAGUCCCACUAUUCUGAUUUAGUCAGACCAAACUUGGAGUACAGUGUCCAGUUCUGGGCACCACAAUUUAAGGCUGUUGGCGAGCUGGAAGGUGUGCAGAGGAGGGCGACCAAGAUGAUCAAGGGUCUGGAAGCCAGGCCUUAUGAGGAACAGUUGAAGGAGCUGGGUAUGUUUAGCCUGGGAAAGAGAAGACUUGAGGGGAAACUAUAUCUUAAGGGCUGUCCCAUGGAGGAGGGAGCAUGCUUGUUUUCUCCUGCUGUGGAGGGUAGGACUCGAACCCAUGGCUUCAGGUUACAAGAAAGGAGAUUCCAAUAUACGAAAAAACUUUCUGACAGUAAGAGCUGAUUGACAGUGGAACAGACUGCCAUGAGAGGUGGUGGACUCUCUUUCCUUGGAGAUUUUAAAGCAGAGGUUGGGUGGCCAUCUGUCAUGGAUGCUUUAGCUGAGAUUCCCGCAUUGCAGGGGGUUGGACUAGAUGACCCAUGGAUCCCUUCCAGCUUUAAGAUUCUAUGAUUCUCUCCCAGGUCGCAUUCUGCCACUCUAACCACUGCACUACCCUGGCUCUCGAUGUCUAGUGGACUUUUAAACACACACACACCACACCGGCUUUCCACUGGCAUAAAAAUGUUCAGGGCUUUGACUUUUUGCGAAUUGCAGUUCCUUAUCUAUUGCAUAUCCUAUCCUGAGGCAAUCCCUUGCAUCUCUGAGCCAACCUUCUCACUCGGCUUGUUUGUUUUUGCACCAUCGGUGCUUACAGUCCUCACUUUCCGGGCAACAAACUCUUCCGAGGCGGCUCCUCACGAGCGGAAAGGGAACACAGGAAAGAAAACGGCCCGUGAAAACAAACAUUGAAGUUCAGGUGCCGAAGCAAAACCGGAUGGGGUGUGUCAAGUGUUCCUCUGCUUGUCUCCGAAAUCCGGGACAUGGUCUGAGACUCAGGGCUUUGUAGGAAUUGCAGCGAAAGAGUCCCUGGCAGACGGCCAUCCAGCCUCUAUAAUAAUAAUAAUCAUUUUUAUUUAUACCCCUCCCUCUGCAGCAAAGACUGGGCUCAGGGCGGCUAACACCAGGUAUAAAAACAAUUGAUUAAAAUACAACUUAAAAACAAGAUUAAAAUACAACAUUAAAAUGCAGCCUCAUUUCAGUAGGAACUCAAAUCAAAGACUUUUGGGGGGAUGAAAACGUCAAGUCUUCACCAAGGCCAACUAUCCAAACUGGUCCUACGUGGGCCAGAAAAAAGCCAGGGAAGUCCCCGAAUAGGAGUUGCAUCACAGAAGGAGAAAGGAAAGAGGGGAAGGGGAUCAAGUUGAUUCCAAGCCAAAGGCCAGGCGGAACAACUCUGUCUUACAGGCCCUGUGGGAAGAAACCAGAUCCUGCAGGGCCCGGGUCUCAUGAGACAGAGCGUUCCACCAGGCUAAAAAGGCUCUGGCUCUGGCUGAGGCUAAUCUGACUUCCUUAGGGCCCGGGACCUCUAGGGUGUUGUUGUUUAUGGACCUUAAGGUCCUCUGUGGGGCAGACCAGGAGAGGCAGUCCCGUAGGUAUGAGGGUCCUAGGCCUCUGCUUGAAAACCUCCAAUGGGGGAGAGACGUUCGCCUUUCGAGGGAGUCUCCUGCUACCCUACUACUGAACACGUUUUUGAAUGCAAUUUGGACCGAUUUGCACAUUUCGCCAUGCAAUUUAUCCUAAAAUAAUGCAGUUCUGAAUUCUCUUCUCUUCUCCUGCUCCCCACAGGAUGGCUACCCUCGAGGAGCUGGGGCAGACCCGAUCCAGCGCAGGCAGCAGCGGAGAUCUUUGGAGCAUCGCCCUGUGGUACCCAGACUUCAAGAGGAGGGGAGGCGGGCUAGGGCUGAGGGGUGGAGUGCAGGCGGGGCCAGGAAUGUGGGGGUCCCCGUCUCUGACCUCCUCCCUCCCUCGAUCUCUUCCCCGCAGGGCGUGGUCCCCUACAUGGGCACUUUCCUCAAGGACUUGGUGAUGCUGGACGCAGCGACGCGGAACAGGCUGCAGGUGAGGACCAGGUGGCAGGCAGGAGACACCAACCCCGGGCAGGCCGUUCGGCAGGGGAGCAGACUCGUGGAACUACAGAAUUUUGGGUUUUGAAGGGACCCCCGGGGGUCAUCCAGUCCAACCCCCUGCAAUGCAGGAAUCUCAACUCUCUCGGAAGGCGGUGGGCUCUCCUUCCUUGGAGGUUUCAUCAGACGUUGGAUGGCCAUCUGUCAGAGAGGCUUUGGGGGAGAUUGCUGCCUUGUAGGGUGGGCUGGAUGACCUUGGAAGGUCCCUUCUGUGAUUCUACGGCGAAGUGACCCAGCUGCCUCCAAAUGCAGAGGUGGGUUGGCAGGAGGAUGACGGAACGGCAACUCGCACAGAGAUACAACCAGGGAGUCCCUUCCCUGGGAGAGAACUUUGGGGUGGGAAUCGCAGCAGGCAUGAAUGAAUGAAUGAGCGAAUAAUUUACAUCUCUCGUCCCCCCCAAGUUGCUCGGGGUCCGACUAAAUCUACAAUUCUGUGACUCUGUCUCUUUGCAGAAUGGUUACAUCAACUUUGAGAAGCACCGCAAGGUACGUGCCGCAUUGGGAGAGGGUAGGAGCAUGCAACGGGCACCCCCUUAAAAACGGGGGGUGCGCCUUCUAUUAUUAAUGCCCAUUUUUCUUUGUGACUCCCCCCUCCAAAAAAUAGGAAUUCGAGAUCCUCACCCAGCUGCGACUCCUGCAGGCCAACUGCCGCAACUACGCCCUGAGCCCUGACCGGCACCUCCAGCGAUGGCUGCAGCGCCUGCCCCGACUCAGCGAGGGCCAGAGGUGGGUCUCAGGAUCCCACCCGAAACCCAGUCUGCUCUUUGGCCCUAGAAUCCUAAAUCGGUUGGAAGGGGGUUCCCGGAGGUCACGCGGCCCACCCCCCUGACAUGCCCUGAGCCCCUCCGUUUCUGCAAAUGUUUAGCUGGAAUUUGUGGAGGGGGCGCCCCAGAUAUCAUGCAGACUGACCCCUCAAAAGCCCAUCAAAGUUUGUAUACUGCUCUUUAUUUGUAAACCUCAGAGCGGUUCACAUUGCAGUGAAGUAAUAAUAAUAAUAAUAAUAAUAAUAAUAAUAAUAAUAAUAAAUAAUUUAUUAUUUAUACCCCGCCCAUCUGGCUGGGUUUCCCCAGCCACUCUGGGCGGCUUCCAACAAAGUAUUAAAAUACAGUGGUCUGUUAAACAUUAAAAGCUUCCCUAAACAGGGCUGCCUUCAGAUGUCUUCUAAAAGUCUGGUGGUUGUUCUUCUCUUUGACAUCUGGUGGGAGGGCGUUCCACAGGGCAGGUGCCACUACCAAGAAGGCCCUCUGCCUGGUUCCCUGUAACUUGGCUUCUCACAGCGAGGGAUCCGCCAGAAGGCCCUUGGCGCUGGACCUCAGUGUCUGGGCAGAACGACGCUCCUUCAGGUCUACUGAGCCAAGCUUAGGGCUUGAAAGGUCAGCACCAACACUUUGAAUUGUGCUCGGAAACGUACUGGGAGCCAAUGUAGGUCUUUCAAGACCGGUGUUAUGUGGUCUCGGUGGCCGCUCCCAGUCACCAGUCUAGCUGCCGCAUUCUGGAUUAGUUGCAGUUUGGUCACCUUCAGUAGUCCAGACGGGAGAUAACUGCAGACAGUGGAGCGGUCUCCCCCGAGAGGCGGUGGGCUCUCCUUCCUUGCCUCUGUCGUGGAGGCUAGAGCCGAGAUUCCUGCAAGGCAGGGGUUGGACUGGAUGACCCCUGGGUCCCUUCUGACUCAGAAGAUUCUAUGAUUUUAUGACCCUGUCCUUCAGAAACUCCUGACGAAUUUUCCACAACAGUGCAUGGCAUCUUGAUUCCAGAAAAAAGGGGUCAAGCUUCCAAGAUGCCGCAAGACCCUGGGCAGUGGUCAACCAAAGCGUCCUGUCAGUGCCAAGAUUUCCGCAGGGCCAUCCAGCCCCCUUGCAAUGCAGGAAACUCAGCUAUAGAAUCCUUGACAGACAGCUUCAAAAUCUCCAAGGAAGGUUUUCCUGGCCCCUCUCCUUCCCAGUCUGGUCCGGAGGUUUGGAACAGAUUUAGGGGGUUUAUGGGGGGCAGGGUGCAUCCUGUCCUGUAGUUUUUGCUGCAACAGACUGAAACACAGCUGCUGUUUUCUCUUCUGGGAAAUUAUUAUUAUUAUUAUUAUUAUUAUUAUUAAAAGUAAAAUAUUUAAAGCGGACAUUCUCCCUCUUUCUCUCUGCCAGCUACCAGCUCUCCUGCACGAUCGAGCCGCCUGCGGAAGGAGCGACCCCUGGCCGCCCCGUGAAGCCCACCCUGGUGAUCACCCACUGCGCAGAGUGAGAGGCGGGAAGGGCCCGGGAGAGAUGGGAGGGUCCCCCGAGGGACAUCUAGCCCAACCCCUUGCCAGAAAAGAAUCCAUGACAGCUGGCCACCCGUCCUCUGCUUUAGAAACCUCCAGCGAAAGAGGAAGUCCAGCCCCACCUCUUCUCUCCCCCCGCCCUCUAAUUUCGAAGCUUUCUUUUCAAAUAAUAGAAUUGUGGAGCUGGAAGGGGGACCCCCUGAGGGACAUCUAGCCCAACCCGCUGCAAUGCGGGAAUCUCAGCUCAAGCACCGCUGGUGCUCCAAUGGCCACCCAACCUCUGCUCCCAUGAAGGAGAGUCCAAAUCGCAGGUGUCCAGCUGGAAUCUUAAAACCCUAGCGCGGCGGAGCUGGGUCUCACCUGCUGAGACGUCUUCUCCUGGUCCUUUCCCAACCACCAGACGUUUCUCCUUUCUCCUCCAGCCUGGCCACCUCCAUUGGGAUGAGCACCCUUGUCUCGUGGGACAAGCCCAGCUCCCCACAGGCCCCGCCAGACCUCCUGCUGCCUCCACCUGCUUCGCCCACCCCCCAGGGGCAGCCACACCAGACCCAGGUGAGUUGGGGGCCCGGGGCGAUGUCCUUUCCCAGCUGCGAUUUGUGAGCUCUGCGGGAAUUUUCACUUCGUAAGCAGAACAAGGGUCCUGCUUAGUAUCAGUUUUUAAGGAAAGGGCUGGUGCUAUGCUGCUUUUACGGUGAUUUUCUGUACCUUUAAUCUCUCAUCUGGUUUCUAUCUUAGGGCUGCCAUACCUCCAGGGUUUCCCAGACGCUUCCGGGAUUUGGGCCUGGAAAAUGGCGUCCGGGGGUGGGGGGAUUUUCCUGAAACCAGCAAAAUGUCGAGGGAAACCCGGAAGUAUGGCAAAAGGGAUGAAAACUGUGAUAAAAUCUGCAGAAAAAAGCUCCAGGGAAAGAAAGGAAAAAAAAAGCUCCAGAAAGUCAGCAACUCUGUCCGGAUUUUCACAUUUGGAAAUAUGGCAACCCUAAUGUAUCUUAUCUACCUACCUAUUUGUGUUUAAUUGCUUUUUCACAAUUGUCUUUCCUAUGACGCUUUUAUCUGUUUCCAUUUUAUUUGUAAGCCACCUUCAAAAGUACCUGAAUUUGGAAUGAGGCCACUUUACUCUUUCAGCGGCUGCCUGUUGGUGCUUUUAUGUUGCUUUUUUUCAUGCUGUUAACUGCCCUGGGACCUGUGGAAAUUUAACAAACAAAUAAAUGAGGUACCUACUGAGGACCCAUAAGAAGCAACUGUGCCAAAAGGGGCAUCGUUGUGAAUAUUAGAACUGUGGGGGGAGAUUUCUCGAAGUCCCCCGCUGCUGCCGGCCCGUGUAGACAGCCCUGAGCAGGACGCAUCCCUCGCUAACCCUUGCCUCCCGCUGCCUCCCCAGCGUAUGAAGUGGCCGUCCGUCUCCUCACUGGACACAGCCCCAGAGAACGCCUCUCCCUCCUCUCCGGAGGGCUUGGCCCCACCCCCUGCCGUGGGGGGCACCUUCGUCCGGGGCCACCGGCGCUCGGCAUCCUGUGGGUCAGCCUACCCCACGGCCCCCGCCCCGGACAGCGGACUCCCCUCGGACUGCCGCAUCAUCCGCGUCAGCAUGGCUCUGCACAACGGCACCCUCUACAAGAGCAUCUUGGUGAGCGAAGGGGGCAGGACCCCUGGGGAAGAGAGGGCCUGGCCAGGGAGGGGGGCGCAGGAACAGCCCUUAGCUGUCCCCCGUGCGCGGCAGGAGGUUGGUCUAGACCAGGCACCCCCAAACUCGGCCCUCCAGAUGUUUCGGGACUACAGUGGAAUGAAUUUUGUUAUUACAGUCACAGACCAGUUCCGGGUCACUUACAGUAUCAGGAAAAUCAUAAAACACAACAGGGAUACAUUGAAUUGCAAUUGGGUACAACAGAGACAGUUCAGAUACAGUGAUACCUCUGGUUAAGUACUUAAUUCGUUCCAGAGGUCUGUUCUUAACCUGAGGUACCACUUAUCUAAUGGGGCCUCCUGCUGCAGCUGCGCCGCUGGAGCACGAUUCCUGUUCUCAUCCUGAAGCAAAGUUCUUAACCCGAGGUACUAUUUCUGGGUUAAUGGAGUCUGUAACCUGAAGCGUAUGUAACCUGAAGCGUAUGUAACCUGAGGUACCACUGUAUAGCGGCAGUGUGUGUGUGUGUGUGUGUGUGUGUGUGUGUGUGUGUGUAUAAUCUUGAUCACUAAAAUAUACCCUAAAAUUAUCAUUUAAAACCUCAAUCAUUUUGGCAGUACAGCUUGUUUCCUAAGUUUUAUGGCAGUCGCACAGAAUUUGGCCCCCCUUAGCGUGAUCUCCAGGUCCUUGCCCUCUACCAGGAGUUUUAGACAUUGACAUUCGGACCCAUUUGGAGAUUUUUGUAUAACAGGAGUGAUAAAUACCGAGAGACUACUAUUCCCAUCAUCCCUGACCACUGGCCCUGUUAGCUAGGGAUGAUGGGAGUUGUAGUCCCAAAACGUCUGGAGGGCCGAGUUUGGGGGUGCCUGGUCUAGAUGGCCCUAGGGCAGCCUUUCUCAACCUGUGGGUCCCCAGAUGUUGUUGAACUACAACUCCCAUCACUCCUAGCUAGCAAGGCCAGGGAUGAUGGGAGUUGUAGUCCAACAAUAUCUGGGGACCCACAGGUUGAGAACCACUGCCCUUCCCGGGCUGCAGCUCUACGGUUCCCCAGCCAGGUGCCUGCCAGCUCUUUCGCACUAUGACGCGGGACCAGGUCAUCUGUGUCGUGGCCUGACCCCACAUGCAGCCACCCAGCUGCUUAGCCUGCAAGGGCUGGGCUGGAUGACCCUCAGGGGUCCCUUCCCACUAACUCAAUAUGAUUCUGUGGCCGGCUGAACUGGCCCAUUCUCAGGGGCUAUGGAACACCCAUUCUGCAUCUGUAAUAAAAUGGAUUUUCCGGCAUGGCAGCUCCUGACUGUGGAACUCCCUAAUGAGUGACACCAAGCAGAUACCAUAGAAUCAGAAGGGACCCCAAAAAUCAUCUAGUCCAGCCCCCUGCAGUGCAAGAAUCUCAGCUCAAGCGCCCCCGACAGAUGGGCACCCAGCCUUUGCUGUGAUCUUAACAGCGCCUCCUAAAGCGUUUUUUAUUUUGGGCAGACCUACCCAGAUAACGUAGAACGUUGGUGUGUUUUAAUCUCAGUUUGCCGCAAAGGUUUUUGUUUCAUUUUUAAGGUUUUACAUAGUUAUUUACACACCGUUUCUGCCAAUAGUUUCAUUGUUUUUCAAAACGGCUUUGAGGCUUGUUUGUUUUGUUACAAUCCAGUGGCCUGUAAAUUUUAUGAAAUAAACUCACAAUCGGCCCUGGUCCAAAAAAUCCUGAGGGGCACCCAAUUGGCAAAGGCUGAAAAUCCUGUUUCUUCUCUCUCUCUCUCUCCCUGUGCUAUUGCUGCCUGCCCUCUGCAGGUCACGAGCCAAGACAAGGCGCCGGUUGUGAUCGCGAAGGCGCUGGAGAAGCACAACCAGGAUCGGGUCCUGGCCCCCAACUAUGAACUGGUGCAGCUCCUGCCGGAAGGCCGAGGUGAGGCCCAUCUCUGUGCUUUAUAGUGGGGAGGGGGGAAUCUGAGGGGAUGUGAAUCCUGCAUUGCAAAGGGGGUUGGACUAGAUGAGCUCUGGGGGGUCCCUUCCAAGUCUGUUGCAAGCAUUUACGCCACUGGUUUUAACUACUGCCUGCGGGAUUUUGCAGUGCGUCAAAUUGCUUUUAGGUUAUAAUUAGCUUUCCGAUGCUUCCUUGGCAGCUUAUACAGUGGUACCUCGGGUUAAGAACUUAAUUCGUUCUGGAAGUCCGUUCUUAACCUGAAACUGUUCUUAACCUGAAGCACCACUUUAGCUAAUGGGGCCUCCUGCUGCCGCCGCGCCGCCGGAGCACGAUUUCUGUUCUCAUCCUGAAGCAAAUUUCUUAACCCGAGGUACUAUUUCUGGGUUAGCGGAGUCUGUAACCUGAAGCGUCUGUAACCCGAGGUACCACUGUAAAUGUUUCCUUAAAAAAUAUUUUUCCAACACAGCAGCACAGAGGACGGUGUCUUUUAAACAUUUCCUCUGCUUCAAGGCUGCCCAAUGGACUUCAAAGUCUUUAUUAUCCUCCCCUUGUCUGUCAGCAGAUUCUAAUCAAGCCAUCUCCUGAUGUUGACAAAGUGGCCAAAAUCUUGCGGCUUUGUAUUUGGGUUUUUAAGAAAACGGCAGCUCGGGUUCUGCAAAGCUGCAGAGCAACAGAGGUUUGGGAAAGCAAUGCUAAUAGAGGUGUGUUUUUUAAGAUGGGAGAUGAGCUGCGCCCCCAGGAGUCCCUGGUUCUGGCUUUGGGCAUGCCAUUCCUUUUCCACUAGGGAACUCCAAAAAUGAGCAGUUCCUCUCGUUCUUCCACCUUGACCCCUCCUCGCUCUCUUGCCCUCUCUCUUCCUACCACCCCUGCAGAGCUGGCCUUCCCGACCACAGCAAACGUCUUCUAUGCGAUGAGCAGCACCUGCCUGGACUUCAUGCUGCGACCCAAGCGCCCGCGGGAGAAGCUGCCCCCUCCGCCGCCCCCGCCCAAGCCCAAGCCGCCCAAGGGGGUGGAGAUCAGCGCCACCUUCCCGAAGAUUAAGGCCACCGGGCGGAAGAUAGCCAGAGCCCUCUUUUGA